UUCAGACUGCCCUCAAUCCAGAACGGUUCUUCUACUCAAAGAUCAAAAGAACCGGAAAAUGAACUCGACGAUCUGGAUUGUGGAUAGUUUUGAAGAAGCUCUUGCUAAAAACAUUGUGAUUGUUAGUCUUGGUUUAUUCAUUAAUUUCAUCAACGGAAUGUUAGUAGUUACUUUCUUCUCCAAUCCAAUGUUUUCAAGAGAUUCCAGAUACAUUUUAUACAUUCACCUGGUAAUCAAUGACAUGCUCAUGAUAUGUGUAUCAGUAACUUUAUAUGUGUUGACCUACGCUUCACUUGUUGAUGUUUCGUUGUGUUGCAUAUUGAUUGCUCUUGGUUCAACCACAUUUAUGAUCACUCCUUUGAAUCUGGCUGGUAUGGCCAUUGAAAGGUUCAUUGCUAUCUGUAAACCACUGCAUCACUCUCAGAUUUGCACUCCACAAAGAACCUACAUCUUUAUAUGCUUGCUAUGGGUUUUAGGAGCUAUACCUUCUCUGGCAGAUAUCAUUAUUUUAUUUUCAAUCCAGCCCAUAUCUUUCUUCAGGUCUGUUGUACUUUGCUACCCAUUCAAUUUGUUCCCUUCCAAAGCCCACAAGGAUCGCACCACUGCUUCACAAAUCAUCUAUAUGUCUCUGGUGUGGAUAAUUCUCAUUUACACUUAUUGCAGAGUCAUGUUCACUGCUAGAAAGGCAGCUUCAAAGGGUUCAGCAAAAAAGGCUCGGAGUACGAUAUUGUUGCAUGGCGUCCAGUUACUUCUUUGUAUGCUUUCCUAUUUCACCCCUGUUUUGGAUAUGAUUGUCACUCCUUUUUUUCCUUUUCACAGAACUAAGAUCACUUUCUUUAAUUAUCUGCUCACAAAUAUCAUGCCAAGAUUACUAAGUCCUUUGAUUUAUGGGGUGCGAGACCAAAAGUUUAUGAAACAAAUGAAGGAAUACUUUACAUGCAGAGUUAUUAUUGUAAAAAUUGUGCCAAAAUAAAAUUAUUUUUAAUUAUGACUUUUUUUUUUGAGAUUUGAAAAUCUUUACAGUGACCUAAAAACUUGAAAGUAUAUGAAAGCAACUGAAUAAGAUAAAAUAUCUAACCAUGUGUCAUACACAAAGAAAUGAUGAACGAACUUUGCUCAGAACUUACUUCAAUUUUCUGAGUCAUUUUCCUCAAAGUCUUUUAAUGAGUUACGGAUGUAUAAAAUCUGUUCUUCUGAAGUUCACGCAGUUAACUAUGGGAAUUAUCCAUUAAAUAAUCACAACUACAAAUCUUGUCUUUAUAUUGGAUUGUACUAUUGUUUUAUCAAUUAAAAUGUCUUCAUUACCAAACUACAA